AUGUCAAUCACUGAGGUCCUGGACCAGGUGGACAUGGACGGAGCAGAACUGCUUCGGUUGCAGUUUGAUGACGGCCUGGACGGGCCUUCCGAGGACCCGCUCUUUGCUUACGUCAGUAGCCUCAUUGACUCCUGGCCCCCCGACCGUGACGUAAGGCUUUCGGAAUUUGUGCUCAGCUUGUUGCAGGAAGGGGACAACAUGGAGACACUUAGUCCUUCACACUCCCCAAUGGGCAGCGACAGCGGCAUCUCCGACUACAGCAGCAACGCAGGCCGCGUCGAAAACGGCACCCCCUUGGGUUGCCCGAGCCCCGAGAGCGGCGACAUCGAUUUCUCGCACAGUCCCAACUACUCCAAUCCGAGCCCAGCAUGCUCCGACCCUGUCUUCGUCGCUGAUGAGCUGCAAGCAGAGAGCCCGGAGGCUUUGAGAGUUCAGGCGGAUCACAGCUACUCUUUGACCAGAGGCAGAAGCGAGGACAUGGAUCUGCUGCAAAGUGUUUGGGCAGAGAAGCCUGAUACAGAUAUCUUCAUUGAUCUGGAUAAUCUGGUUACUGAGGAAAUGGCGAAUGACUUUGUCAGUGAUUAUGCCAGUGAGUUGCCUUGUACACUGGCCAUUGAGGACUCAACGCUGGAGGCAGUGCAGCACGACAACACAGAACAGUUCGACUUUAAGGAGAUUGUGCUCUCUGAGGAGGAGAAGCGGCUUUUAGCCAAAGAGGGCGCAACAAUUCCCACAAAUAUGCCUCUUACAAAGGCUGAAGAGAGGACCCUGAAGCGAAUAAGGAGGAAGAUUCGUAACAAGCAGUCCGCUCAGGAGAGUCGCAAAAAGAAGAAGGUUUACGUUGACGGCUUGGAGAACAGGGUCGCCGUCUGCACCGCACACAAUGUGGAGCUGCAGAAGAAAGUACAAUUGCUGCAGAAGCAGAACAUCUCUUUAAUUGAGCAGCUGAGGAAACUGCAGGCAGUGGUGAAGAUGUCUACCUUGAAGUCCAGCACGACAAGCACAUGUGUCAUGGUGUUCCUGCUGUCUUUUUGUCUCAUCAUCUUCCCGUCUGUCAAUCCAUUUGGCAGCAAAACGGACAAGAAGGAACUCUACCUCCCUUCUUCCAUCAUUUCCCGAACUUUGCGCUCGCUGCCGUCAGAGAGCACCGACGCAGUUCCCUACCUGGAACCCGAAGACGAUGAGCCAGAUCUUCACCUGCUUCCCCAAGCUGAACUGGAGAACAUCGAUGCAGUUUUUGCAGCCAGUAAUAAGAAUCAUACCCCCGACUACCAGCGCGUGGAGCAGCCCGACUCAGAGACAGCCAUCAAUGGCAACUCUUCGACCGAUUUCCCCGCUGCACCGCAGGUGGGAGAGGUGACACCGGGGGGCUCACAAGAAGCCUCCCAAGAUCCUGUAGCGGUGGACGCUGUGUCGUAUGAGGUCCCAGGGUCCAAGGCAACGUGGAUAGACCGGAAUCCUCCGUCUGUUAUAUUACAGCAGCACCGUUCAGAUGAGAUGUAG